UAAAAAAAAAACUAAAAGAUUUAUAUAUUGAAAAAACAAAUUAUAGAAAAAUGAGGCAAAGAUACUUGUUGCCGCCUUUCUCUCUUCACCUCUAGCCUGUAAUAAUUGUUUCUCCCUCCCCCUCCAAUAUUUCAAUGCCUCUCUGAACAUUUUUGCAUUUUCUUGGGGAAACAUUUCUAAUCUUCUGAUUUGUUUCUCCCUCCUCCGUUGUUUUUGGACCCUCAAAGAAAACCUCUUCCGCUUUUCAUCGGAAGGCGAAGAGACGACCGGCAAUUUUCUUUGUUUUUUUUUUCUCCGAUGACGCCGCGUCUUUUCGCCUGUUUUCGCGUCAAAGGAUCAUCAACUUCCCCCACCGGAAAAGGAAUCACCGGUCAUAACGCUGCCGUUGUAGCUGCUGAUGUUCCCGCCGGCGACGGACCUGUUCUCGUUCAACUCUUCUCUUCUCAGGGGUGCAAGACUUCUCCGGAGGCGGAGAUGCUCGUGUCGCGCCUCGGCCGUGGAGAUUUCGACGGUCAGAUCCGUCGUGAAGGUGGGGCUGGUUCUCCGGCGAUGGUUCUCGUGUUUCACGUUGAUUAUUGGGAUUACUUGGGGUGGAAGGAUCCGUACGGAUCGAGCCAAUGGACGGUGAGGCAAAAGGCUUACAUCGAGGCGUUGAACCAAGAUACCAUGUUCACUCCACAGUUUGUGGUUCAAGGUCGCGUCCAGUUUCUUGGCAACGAGGAAGAUGCUCUUCUCAAGUCCAUCGUUGAAGCGCCUAGGUUUCCUUCUCCGGCGUUUCGGGCCACAUUUCAAAGACCAACCUCCGAAACUCUGCAAGUAUCUCUCACAGGAGCAUUGAGGAUGAAAGUGGACUCGAGCGGGAUCGAUAUAAUGGUCGCGCUAUACGAGAACGGGAUAGUGACUGAUUGCCCUCGAGGAGAGAACUCAGGGAGAGUCUUGUCCAAUGAUUACGUUGUAAGAAAGCUAGAAAAGUUAUGCACUGUUAAAGAUUUAACGGCGAAGAAGACGGUGUCGGGAACGGCUCAUUUCACGGUUUGGGAUGGGUUCAACAGUGCUAAAUGUGGUGUCGCUGUAUUUCUACAGAACACUUCUCUUCAAAUUUUCGGUACGCAGAGUUUUCAAAUGCCUGAUGAGAUUUGACAAAAGAAACAAACAAACAAACUUCAAAAUCUAUAAUUAUAUAAAAGAUAAAUUAAUUUGCCCU